CUUUCAUUUUUCAGUUUUAAAGAUUCUCUCUGAAACAUCAUUUGGAGAAAUCACCCUUGUAAAUACUGAGUGUGAAGUUUGAAGUUGCAGUUGCUUUUACAAAGCAAACCAUGUCUUUCCCAGUAGCAGCUCAAGUAGCACAGAGUGCUGAGCCAGAAAUUGUUCGGCAGACAGCAAAUUAUCACCCAAGCAUUUGGGGAGAUCGGUUCCUCAAUUAUGACGAAAAAAGCAUUCAGAUAACUUAUGACCAUAUGCAACAGCAAGUGGACCAACUGAAAGUAACAGUGAGGAAGGAAGUAUUCACAACAAGUGCAGGUGAUUUUUCACAUCAGCUCAAGCUAAUUGAUGCAGUCCAGCGCCUUGGCGUGGCUUACCAUUUCGAAAGAGAAAUCGAAGAAGCCUUGCAACGUGUGCACGUUACAUAUCAUGACUAUGAUGGUGGUGAUCUCUACGCUGUUGCUCUUGGUUUUCGGCUACUAAGACAACAUGGAUUCAAUGUUUCUUGCGAUAUAUUCAACAAGUUCAAAGAUAAAAAUGGUAACUUCAAGGAGAGCUUAACUGCUGAUGUUCCUGGGAUGCUAAGCUUUUAUGAAGCAGCACAUCUAAGGAAGCAUGGAGAAGACAUACUAGAAGAGGCUCUUGUUUUCACCACCACUCACCUUGAGUCGGCAGAAACAACGGAAGCAAGAAAUCCACUGGCUUUACAGAUAACUCAAGCCUUAGAGAGACCUCUGCGGAAGGGUCUGGAGAGGGUAUGUGCCAGGGGUUACAUGUCAAUCUACCAGGAUGAUGCUUCACAUAGUGAAGCUAUAUUGAAACUUGCAAAGUUGGAUUUCAAUAUCGUUCAAUCUUUACACAAGAAGGAGCUCAGUGAGAUUGCUAGGUGGUGGAAAGAACUGGACCCUCAUGCCUCUAAGGUUUUAAGUUUUAUAAGAAAAAAAAGAAUAUACGAAGAACUCGUGAUCUUUACUGGAGCAAUUGAAAGGUGGGAUAUCAAUUGUAUGGAUGAACUUCCAGACUAUAUGCAAGUAUUUUACCGUACCCUCUUGAAUGUUUACGACGAAAUUGAGGAGGAGAUGGUAAAAGAAGGAAGAUCAUACCGAGUUUACUAUGCAAAAGAAGCUGUUAAAGCUCAAGCCCGGAACUACUUUGCUGAGGCCCAAUGGUUGCACAAAGACUACAUUCCAAGCAUGGAAGAGUAUAUGAGUGUAGCAACAGCUUGUGUUGGUAACACCUUGCUUUCAAUUACAUCUCUGGUUGGCAUGGGAGAUAUUGUAACGAAGGAAGCUUUUGAGUGGUUGUUGAAUGAUCCUAGAAUUCUUAGAGCUUCAAAUAUCAUUUUUAGGCUCAUGGAUGACCUUAGUGGAUACGAGUUUGAGAAAGAGAGAGAGCAUGUUGCUUCUAGUAUUGAAUGCUACAUGAAGCAAUAUGGGGUGCCAGAGCAAGAGGUGCUUGAUAUUUUUAACAAACAGGUUAAAGAUUUGUGGAAGGAUAUCAACGAGGAGUUUCUUAGACCAACUGAUGUGCCAAUGCCUGUCCUCAUGCGUGUUCUGAAUCUAACAAGAGUGGUUGAUCUCCUUUACAAAGGGGAGGAUGGCUACACACAUGUUGGGAAAGUGAUGAAAGAUAGUGUUGCUUCACUUUUUAUUGAACCCGUGCCUCUCUGAUUUGGCUUAUGAUGAGAUUUCCUUUUAGUCACUUUUAGGUCAUUCCUGAGAAUUAAUUUUAAAAAUAAGGUCAUUCCCAAAAAUUGAUGUUGUCAUGUUGAUUGGAUUUACGAGUUUUUGAUAAAGAUGGUUGUUGGGCUUGCUAUGCUGUAUUAUUAUGUGUACACUUCUUUACGAUAUGUUUCGGGCUAGACAGAAACUAAACCUUAAUAAAGAUUAUUUGUAUUAUCCACUAUA